GCGAACUUUCUUGAAGCGCUUUCAAUCCCGAGCCGUCGUCGGUGGAGGACCCUAGCCGCCCUGUCUUCUUCCUUUCGUUACCUUGGAAACGGACAUGCCGGGAGCUUGACGUCAGGCAUACAAAAGAAAGCGUGCUGAGUGUGAAGAAAGAUACUCCUAAGGAGUACAAACGCAGUAGCAGUGUUGCUACUAGCAACACCGCCCUUGAUGUCCAAUGGCUAAUAGGACUAACAACCCCAGCAUCAUCGCAUCAACACCAUUAUGGACUCAAAAUAUCACCCAUAUCAUUCCAGGAACUUCAUUCGUCAACUGUUCCCUCAUCACUGAUGGCCUCCAUCGCAGAAAAGAAUCAUGGGUCAUACCGUUAGUUGUACUUUGCACUAUAAACAUCACUGCCAUAUUAUUAUUCGAAGCAUACGUGCUUUAUAAAUCUUGUGGAAGCCGACGGCAUCUGUUUCUGGGACAGAUUCUACUUCUUGGACUUUUCCUUAGUUCAUUACUAGGGUUUGCCUUCGUGCCCACCCCUAAUUGGUUCACAUGUGCUGUCAUCAGAGCUGGAGUUGGCAUCGCUUACGUUCUCAUAUUUGCUACUCUUCUUGUGAAAUGUGUCUUCCUCUUAAGUUUGCACGUUGGUGUGUAUCUGAGUGCUGCUUACCAAGGCCUGCUUCUUUUCUUUGCUGUCACUGUUCAGCUGGUCAUUGCUGUGCAAUGGCUCAUCUACCGUCCAGAAUCCUUGGUAAUAGUGAACCAAUUCACAUGCACUACAAUAUGCGCUACUACGAUACUGGACACAGUCGCUUCCUUGGCAUAUAAUAUGCUACUUAUAGUUGGUGUUGCCUUGUUGGCUAUUCGAGCAAGAACUGUACCGGAGAAUCAUCGUGAGUCCCUCUACAUCGGAGUCGCUAUUGGCUUAACUAUACCCCUUUGGGUAGCAUGGAUUGUAAUAUCCAGUGUAUCAUCAACUGAGCACCAUGAUCCCUGCCUUGCUUUCGGUGUAGUCGUGACGGCCAGCAUUGUGUUUCUGGUGAUGUUCCUGCCAAAAGGUCGUCAACUGGCAUCCAUGGGCCGAGGAGGUCCCUACACUGACGACGGAUUCUCUUCUGUGAACCAGUCCAUCUACACACCAUCUUUUUUGCAUCUGAAGCCGCCAAUCAUGCCGUUUGUGAAGCAGGGUACUCUCGUCAAACCUCUUACAUCCACAUUUCCAACUCAUCCAGUGGAGCGGAACUAUUUCGUGCCUCCUCUCCAACAUGCCUCCAGGCUGUGGCGCUACGGUCACCACCCAGCGACUCUUCAACUUCCACCACCCCUCCAUCCAUCCUCCGAGGACAUCUACCUGUCCAGCGACAGAUAUUUAUUCGGACCACCAGGAAUGAAGCUUUACCGAUCCCCGCUCUAUUGAAGGCACUGCCAAAAGCUUCAUCAUUGGCUGUUUUUUCAUUUUUGCCAGCAAUACCACUGUUAUUUCUUUGCAUGCGCCGUUGCAUCAUUAUAUUUUAUUGAACUUUUCAAUAAAUUCAAUUGUGAAUUGUUA